AAUGAAGAACUGUAUGAUGGCAGUGUGACUAAUGGAUUGUAUACUUUGGAUCAUUGUAUGAUAUGUGAAUUCAUCUUAACAAAACAUUUAAAAACAAAGCAAAACAAAACAAAUAUUCAAAUAAAAAAAUAAAUUAACAAAAUACUUCCAUGGGUAACUCAACAAAGUGACUGUCCAGAUGGCUAAUAUGCAUAUUAAAAGGUAUUCAGAUUCACUAGAACUAUGUGAAAGGCAAAUUAAACCUACAGGAAAACACUAUAGGGAUAGCAGAAUGCUGAAAUUUGAGAAUUUCAAAAGUGUGUGAUGAGGAACUGAAUUCAGGAAAUAUGAGUAAUUCAGGAAAUAGGAAAUUUGUGUAUUGGUACAAAUCAUAAAACUUAUGCUUGAUACAUAUUUACCCCAUGUCUUAUCAUUUCUCCUCUCAGGUAUACCCAAAAGAAAUAUGUAUAUUCUGUGAAGAAUUAUCAGAAAUAAGUAUAUUUAUAGCAGCCCUAUUUUUUAAGUCCAAUAUCUGAAAAAAAACAAAUUUCAGUCCACAGAAUGGAUGACAGAAUGUGUACAAUGGAAUACUAUACUGAAAUUAGAAUUAAGUGAUGUACAGCUACACACAAGUUGGAUGAAUGUCUCUAACAUGAAGAAAGCACUGCAAACUACUGUAGGUGAAUUCUGUCUCCAGUGCUGAGUGGUCAGAACCAUCCAAUGAGGACAUCCUAAGUGGUCACCAGUCAAGGUACCUUCCCCCAGUUGGACAGUAGCAAUCCAUCAGUGUAAGUUGCCAGCUUUGCUUACCUGUUGCUUGACUGGUUGUGAGUGAAAAUCCAAACGAAGACAGUUGUCAGCUGUGCUGUUGACAAUGAAACCAUUGGAAUUCUUUUUUAACUGAAGAUGCACCACUUCUGCCAGAAGAUGGGGAUGUUUCUCAUACUGGCAUAAACAUUCUAAAUCCAUUUCUCAUGAGCCAUUCAAGGAUCUGAGCUUCAGUUAAGUAUAUCCAGACUCUACAAUAGUUAUGGAGUUAGUGACCUUCAAAGAUGUAGCUGUAGACUUCACCCAGGAAGAGUGGGCAUUGCUAGACACAUCCCAGAGAAAGCUGUUCAGGGAUGUGAUGCUGGAGAAUAUCAAUCACCUGGUCUCAGUGGGAUGUCAGGUCUGCAAAUCAGAUGUGAUUUCCCAGUUGGCACAAGGAAAGGAAGUGUGGAGAGAAGGAAUGGGAUUUCUCCAAAAUCAGAGUCCAGGCAGGGCAAGUGCCUUUAAAAAGCAAGAGAUGAUACUCAUGCAACUUUCCGACAGGAACAAGAAUUUUAACAUGCCAUUGCAGGUAUCUCACACACAAAAGAAUCCCAUUCCAUGUAAUUAUUUGCAAGAAGAUUGCACUCCCAGAUACACAGAUACUCAACGUGCUUUAAUUUGCAUGACAAAGGAACCAUAUUUAAGCAAACCACUUGGAAUAGUCCUCAGUGACCAGUCAUCUUUUAAUCAACAUAAGCAGAUUCACAUUAGAAGUAAUUCAUAUGGAAGCCAUCAAAGUGCUAAUGCCUUCAUUGAAAGCUCUGGCCACAGACAAUACAAUGGAACACAAACUGGAGAUAAAUUGUAUGAAUGCAUUCAUUGUGGGAAAAAGUUCAUUAGAUAUUUUCACCUUAGACAACAUGAGAGGACUCACACUGGUGAAAAGCCCUAUGAAGGUAAACUAUAUGAAAAAUCCUUUAAUCAAUCUUCUAAUCUUCAGCAACAUGAUAGAUCUCACACUGGAGAUAAACUCUAUGAAUGCCAUGUGUGUGGAAAAGCCUUUAUAUAUUGUUCCUCCUUCAGAAGACAUGAGAGAACUCACACUGGAGAGAAACCCUAUGAAUGCCAUGUGUGUGGGGGAAAAUUUAGUCAAUAUUCUUCUCUUAGAAGACAUGAGAGCACACACAAUGGAGAGAAAGCAUAUAAAUGCCGUACAUGUGGGAAAGCCUUCAGUCAACAUUCUAAUCUUAGACGACAUGAGAAAACUCACACUGGAGAGAAACCCCAUGAAUGCCACCUAUGUGGGAGAACCUUCAGUGUGUCUUCUAGUCUUAGAAGUCAUGAGAAAAUACACACUGGAGAGAAACCCCAUGAAUGCCAUGUUUGUGGGAGAGCCUUCAAUCGGUCAUUUAAUCUUAGACAACAUGAGAAAAUACACACUGGAGAGAGACCCCAUGAAUGCCAUCUGUGUGGGAAAACCUUUAUUCAGUCUAAUGUCCUUAGACAACAUGAGAGACGUCACACUGGAGAGAAACCCCAUGAAUGUCAUCUCUGUGGGAAAACCUUCCAUCACUCUUCUCUCAGAGAACAUGAGAGAACACACACAGGAGAGAAACCAUAUGAGUGUCAUAAAUGUGGGAAAGCAUUCAAUCAUCGUUCUUCCUUCAGAAAGCAUGAGAGAACUCACAGUGGAGAGAAACCCCAUGAAUGCCAUCUGUGUGGGAAAGCCUUCAGUGAAUAUUCUACUCUUAGACGACAUAAGAGCACACACACUAGAGAGAAAAUUCAUGAAUGACAUGUAUGCAGGAAAGCUUUCAAUCAAUAUUCUGUUCUUGGAUGACAUGAGAGAACACACUGGAGAGAAACCAUAUGAAUGCCACACAUGUGGAAAAGCCUUCAUUUAUUGUUUUCACCUCAAAUGACAUGAGAGAACUACACUAUUGACUAAGCACUACUUUGUGGAAAAUGUCAUUUUUGUGGGAAAGCCUUCAGUUAAUCUCUUAUGGACAUGAGAGAACACAUACUGGAGACAAACUGUGUGAAUAUCAUACAUAUGGAAAAGCUUUCAUUUAUCAUUUUACCUUCAGGCAGCAUGAGAGAAUGUAUACCAGAGAGAAACCCCAUGAAUGUCAUCUUUGUGGGAGAGCUUUUCCUUCCAAUUCUUUCCUCAGGCAUCAUGAGACAAGGCACAAUGGACAGAAACCAUAAGUAUGUCAUCUACUUGGGAAAACCUUAAUUUUUCUAAACUUAGGCAACUUAAAAUUAAUCAAAUUUGAGAGGAAACCUAUGUCAUGAAUGUGGAAAAGCCUUCUGUCAAUAUUCUAACCUUAGAUUGAAAGAGAAUUCACAAUACACCUUUUGAAGAUAGAAGUGAUGUCAGCCAUGGCUUUAACCUGUCAACACACCAGAGAACUCACCUACAGAAAAAACACUAUGUAAUUGAUAUAUUAGUGCUCUUAAUCACCACUACUCUUUCAGUUAAUGUAGGGAAAUUCUUACAAAAGAUAUUCCGUAUGUAUAUCAUCUAUGUCACAAAACCAGAACUCAUAUGAAUCUGAUGGAAGUGGAAAGUCCUUUUCUACCACUCUGAUAAGCAAGCCAGAGAAAUUGCACUUGAGGGAUUCUAUUUCUGUACCCAAUAUGGAAGUGCCUUAGUUUGUAACUUAUCCUUUAAAUAAAAUUAGUGGGGAGAUUACUGACUUCCUAUCCCAACCAGCUGCCAUUGGGAAGAAUCCUCCUGUAAAUGGAUUCAUCCCUGCCCUUCUUUUACUUUUAAAAGUAACUAUUGGAUGAUGGUAGAGUAGAUGAUGGGGAACAGGCUUCUCUGUGAAAAUAACUAGAAAGAGGCCAGAAGACACAGGGACCAGUUUCCAGGUGUGAACAGCCAAAGAGGGUCCCUCACAGUACAUGGAGGGGACACUGACAAAAAUGGAAAACAGCAGCUCGUGGGAAGUGGUGUGUUCCCCUUGGACCACCUGCCCACAGCUACAAAAAGAACUGCAAGGCAAGGGAGUGAGCAGUACCUUAUCAGUUUGCUGGGCAUCCUCCUCCACAGAGAGUGGGGAGCUCCUGUGUUGGAACCCAGCAGGCAUUUGCUUCCCCCCCAUAGAAGUCCAGGGGUUGCAAUAGUGAGAAGUGGAGAAGGGAAAGGGAGCAUAAUGAUCAGGAGCCCUUUCCACACUGCAGACAUUCACAGGUAAAUGGCAGGCAUUCUGUUUGUUGGAAGCCCUUGAGUGUCUCCCUCCUCAGGGCCCACAUCACAGCCCCAGGACAGGCAUUCCCCUGUGAGAGAACAGGUGCAAUGAUUGAUUCCCCGCUUGGUUUGGAUUCUACCCACCACAAGGGAGAAGUUUGGGGAAGACCUGUCUGAGAACAGCACUGGCUGGUAGGUUAUGGAAACUGUACUCCAGCAAGCUGUACCCCAAGAGUGCCACCUGCUGGUGGGAUUGGGAUACUGCACUCCAGCAAGCUAUAGCUUUACCAAAUUAUAUAUAAAUGAUUAAGUAAUUCUACAUUUCCCAAAAUAACCCUGUCAAGACAAGCAAAUGCCCUGAAACCAACAGAAAAUUAAAAAGCACUUGAAGCAUCUCCAAGAUAAGGACAAGCCAAAGAACAAAUUAUAUAGCCAGAAGAGACAAAAUUUCAAGCAACUAAAGAAGUACAAAUUUCCAAAAAAAAAAAAAAAAAAUCUUUAAUAGAAUAGAUUCUAGCAACUAAAAACCAAAGGAUA